UCCAGAAAGGCGGAGACAGGCGAGCUGGAGGGAGGACUGACAGGCCGCCCGGAGGGAGGUGAGGAGAGGGGCGAACUGAAUAAUUGAGGAGCUGUUCAGCAGCAGCGGCUGCCUCUUGCCUUCCUUUGCCUCCACCGCUCCGCAUCAUAGUGGGAGAGACAGAAUCUGGCGCUGUAAGUGCAGACGGCUAGCCACCAGUCCCUGCAGCUAGUUCAUCGCCUCCAGCUCUCCGCAGGUCAGCAGAGCCAUGGAGAUCACACUUCCCAAGGAAAAGCUGGACCUUGAAUUAGUCAGUCUUCUUCUAGUCUCCGGAAUUACAGUCGCAUUUGAGAACCAGCACUUCCUUGCCUUGCUCAUCUCAGUGGAGGCUGAGCUGAGACAUUCAUGCCCAGGAGAAGACUGCUUUGGGUCCCUCUGGACCUUUCCUAAAAAGAAGAUCCCCAUUCACUAGAUGAGUUCCAGAAGCAUCCACUAAGGCUUCCAUAGCUUGCUUCCAUCAGUUGACCUUCACCGUAACCCCUCUCACACAGGAUGAGUGGCUUCCUUGCCUCCCUGGACCCCCGGCGGGUGCAGUGGGGGGCGGCCUGGUAUGCCAUGCACUCCAGGAUCCUGCGCACCAAACCAGUGGAGUCGAUGCUGGAGGGAACUGGGGCCACCACAACCCAUGGCACCAAGCUAGCCAAGGUGCUCACCACCAUGGACCUCAUCUCACUUGGCGUUGGCAGCUGCGUGGGCACAGGGAUGUACGUGGUGUCUGGUCUGGUGGCCAAGGAAAUGGCAGGACCUGGUGUCAUUGUGUCCUUCAUCAUCGCAGCUGUUGCGUCCAUAUUAUCAGGUGUCUGCUAUGCAGAGUUCGGAGUCCGUGUUCCCAAGACAACGGGGUCGGCCUACACCUACAGCUACGUCACUGUUGGAGAAUUCGUGGCAUUUUUCAUUGGCUGGAACCUGAUCCUGGAGUACCUGAUUGGCACUGCAGCCGGCGCCAGUGCUCUGAGCAGCAUGUUCGACUCCUUGGCAAACCACACCAUCAGCCGCUGGAUGGUGGACACUGUGGGAACCCUCAAUGGCCUAGGGAAAGGUGAAAAAUCAUACCCUGACCUUCUGGCUCUAGUAAUUGCUGUGAUUGUCACCAUCAUUGUUGCGCUGGGGGUGAAGAAUUCCGUGGGCUUCAACAACGUCCUCAACGUGCUGAAUCUGGCAGUAUGGGCAUUCAUCAUGAUUGCAGGCCUCUUCUUCAUCAAUGGGAAAUACUGGGCUGAGGGCCAGUUUUUGCCCCACGGCUGGUCAGGGGUGCUGCAAGGAGCAGCCACGUGUUUCUAUGCUUUCAUUGGCUUUGACAUCAUUGCCACCACUGGAGAGGAAGCCAAGAAUCCCAACACGUCCAUCCCUUAUGCCAUCACCGCCUCUUUGGUCAUCUGCCUGACAGCAUACGUAUCUGUGAGCAUAAUCUUAACUCUGAUGGUGCCAUUCUACGCCAUCGACACGGAAUCCCCACUCAUGGAGAUGUUUGUGGCUCAUGGGUUCUAUGCUGCAAAAUUCGUAGUAGCCAUCGGGUCAGUUGCAGGACUGACAGUCAGUUUGCUGGGCUCUCUCUUCCCAAUGCCAAGGGUCAUUUACGCCAUGGCUGGUGAUGGGCUCCUUUUCAGGUUCCUGGCUCACGUGAGCACCUACACAGAGACACCAGUGGUGGCCUGCAUUGUAUCGGGGUUCCUAGCAGCUCUCCUCUCGUUAUUAGUCAGCCUGAAAGACCUAAUAGAGAUGAUGUCCAUCGGCACACUCCUUGCCUACACCUUGGUCUCUGUCUGCGUCUUGCUCCUUCGAUACCAACCAGAGAGUGACAUUGAUGGUUUUGUCAAGUUCUUGUCCCAGGAGCACACAAAGAAGAAGGAGGGCAUCCUGGCGGACUGUGAGAAGGAAGUUUGUUCUCCUGUGAGUGAAGGGGAAGAGUUUUCUGGCCCAGCCACCAACACAUGCGGGGCCAAGAACCUACCAUCCCUGGGAGACAACGAGAUGCUCAUAGGCAAGUCGGACAAGUCAACCUACAAUGUGAACCAUCCCAACUACGGCACUGUGGACAUGACCACAGGCAUCGAAGCCGACGAAUCUGAAAACAUUUAUCUCAUCAAGUUAAAGAAGCUGAUCGGGCCCCGCUACUACACCAUGAGGAUCCGGCUGGGCCUUCCAGGCAAAAUGGACCGGCCCACAGCAGCUACAGGGCACACGGUGACCAUCUGCGUGCUCCUGCUCUUCAUCCUCAUGUUCAUCUUCUGCUCCUUCCUCAUCUUUGGUUCCGACCACAUCUCAGAGCGGAGCUGGUGGGCCAUCCUGUUGGUUGUUCUGAUGGUGCUGCUGAUCGGCGCCCUGGUGUUCGUGAUCCUGCAGCAACCAGAGAACCCCAAAAAGCUACCCUACAUGGCUCCCUGCCUCCCCUUCGUGCCUGCCUUUGCCAUGCUGGUGAACAUUUAUCUCAUGCUAAAGCUCUCCACCAUCACAUGGAUCCGGUUUGCAGUCUGGUGCUUUGUGGGUAUGCUCAUUUAUUUUGGGUAUGGCAUCUGGAACAGCACCCUGGAAAUCAGUGCUCGAGAAGAAGCCUUGCACCAAAGCACGUACCAGCGCUACGACGUGGAUGACCCUUUCUCGGUGGAGGAGGGUUUCUCCUACGCCACCGAAGGCGAAAGCCAGGAGAACUGGGGCGGGCCCGCCGAGGACAAAGGCUUCUAUUACCAACAGAUGUCAGAUGCUAAGGCAAACACCCGGACAAGUAGCAAAGCAAAGAGCAAAAGCAAACACAAACAGAACUCAGAGGCCCUGAUUGCAAAUGAUGAGUUAGAUUACUCUCCAGAGUAGGAGUAAACACACAAGAAACGUGUAGACACGAUGGUGAUUUCUUUUCAGUAACUUAACCUAUGGGCUAGAGGGUGAAAACAUUUUUUGGCUCUCAUUUCAAAACUCCAGCCUUCCCCCAGAGUCAGUCCCCAGUCAUAGCCCUUCAUUUGCUACUUUUGCUCUUCAGGAUAGUUCUGUUGAAGGGUCUAACCUGGGUUUUGUCACCGAUUCCCUUGUAAAAAAAAAAAAAAAAAAAAAAACUAAACAGGAGGCUACAAGAAAUUCUAUCUUAGGUGCAACCAUCAGAGCUGAUGGCAGCAAAUGUUUCCCAGGCCUUUGCUUUGCUGGUUGAAUCCUUCUGCUCCUUACUGAGACCCCAGAAGCAAGGGGCUAACUUCUUGGGCCACACCGAGGCUGCAGCUCCUCCUGGAGAUGUGCCAAAGCAGGCGGGUGUGGGCACAGGGCAGCUUUUCAGGCACCGGGAUCACAAGGGCAAAGAUCCUCUCAGCGCUGGUGGGCUGAGGACUGCUCCCCAGGGGGUGGGCAGGUGGGUGCUAGCACUUCCUCAGCCAGCAACACUUUGUCCUCAGAUCUCACAAAAACGAAUUCAUGGGAGAAGACGCGUGCUUCUUUUUAUUCCCCAAGGUUCUCAGUCUCCACACUAUAACUUCAGGAACCAGCAAAGGUUAGGGACUCUGAGACCAUUUCCCCAGAGGUUUCAGAUUUACCAUAAAGCAGUUGCACAGACCCCACAACAUGGUGAGAAGCACCAUCAAAGGCCUACUUACGUGCCCGGGAAAAAAUUAAACAAGCAUCUCUUGCAGCGAAGGCCAGAAGGGCAUUGGCAGAAAUUAACUCUCUGUCAUACCUUUUCUUUUACCAGCCCCUAAGCUCCUGCUGAUAUAAUGAAAGAGGGCAAAGUUGGAGCAUGAUUUCAUGGCACUAAUAUGCCUUGAAGAAGUAGGCCAUUUGUUUUAUAAUCGGAUAAAAAUCUUUACAAGGAGAAGUGACCCAGCCACUGAGAUCACAUUGCAAAUUCUAUUUCAGAUUUCCAAAAUUAUAAAUUGUGCAGUUUGUUGAGAUUUGCAACCACUUGAUUGGUGGGGGCUCCUCUGAAAACAAAGAUGUGAAAGCACAGCUACUUAGGUAAUCACAUUCCAAGAGAUCACAUUUCACUUCUGAACCUUAUUCUUCUGGAGUAGCUCCCUUUUAGACAUGUCUUUUGUCUGUUAUUUCCCAGAGCAGGAUUCACUGAAGCCCAGAGAAACACUGACCCAGUAAGGUCUAAAUUGGGCCAUGAGAGGGGCUCCUAAAAGAAUUUUCUCAGAAAUAACCUAGAUGAGAGAACGUGCCGCAGGAAGAAAGCACAUGGCCUCUAAUCUCUCCUCUUGGGUUCCAGGGAUUCCCACGGCUGCACUGAGAUGUGCAUGCGAAAACAUGAAGGCACAGUUUCAUUCGAGCUAAAAUCUUUGUGGGAGUUUCCUGAAAGGGGGACAAAAUAGCAAAUUUCGUGCCCUCUCUCUCCCGGAUCUAGCAUUAUGCCAAAAGUUUUCCAGAAUACAUCGACUAAUGUGAAGUGUAUUCUUUCUUAACUGUUGAGAUUCCUGCCAUCUUGGCAUGCUUUAGGAUUCUGAAGAAGAGGCAAAUUCCAUUUUUUCACUCAGUGAACACUGGUUGAGAAAGUACCAAGGGCUAAGCAAUGAGAAGGGAAAGAAGUGUAACAUUGUGCCCUUGGGGUUCCCAGUUCAGGGAAGGCACAGCUCUGACGCCUGCCAAACGCAGACAAAACCACCAAGCCUGAGUCCUCGUGGAUGGCGCACUGGGCUUAAAAUUAAAGGUCAACUGAAACUAGUUUUUUAACACGCUUUUAAGUCAAUUGCAUAUCACACCCAUAGCCAAUGUAUGCCAAUAAAUUCAAGCAACUCCUAUUUUCUAGAUCUUCUUUUUCUGUAUUAAUUGUUCAGAUUUCUGGUUCCCUGAGGUCAUUCUGUCAUUUUAACGUGAUGCAUGGCAAUGCCGUGUCUUCUCUCCCCUACACUUGACCAUAAAGAUACAGUAGCUGGUCUGUGAAAUAUAGUCGUGGGAAUGAACCGUAA